UCAUCGCAAGCUUAUUUGCAUCGAUUAUUGAAUACACACCGAGCCACACACAGCCAUCAUCGCCAUGUUUGAGCACACCGUGUGGUACUUGAUGAACUAGAAUCUAAACAGGUAAAUCACGCUGGAAGUUUCAGCUCGUCUUCAGUCGGUAAUUUUCGGCGGCCAGCACGCGGGAUAUCCACGCGGGGGUUCGGUCGUGUGUGGACCGUUAGCUUCCGGGUUUGAGUGGCGCCGCGGGCGGGGUUGUGGAGAAGGAGUCAGCUCUUGCCGCCAGCACCAGAGAUGUUUCGGUUUGGCAGCCGGGUUUCUGUCCUUCCCCGUGGUCGGUCGGACGUGCGCUACCAGUGCACGGUGAGGCUGCUGGACGAUACGGAGAUCCAGUGUGACAUUCAGAAAGAUUCCAAAGGACAGUUCCUGAUUGACCAUGUGUGCGGCAACCUCAACCUGCUGGAAAAGGACUAUUUUGGGCUGCGGUUUGUUGACGCUGAGAAACAAAGGCAUUGGCUGGAUCCAAUCAAGAAUGUAUGCAAGCAGAUGAAAUCAAACCCUCCGUUCCUGCUUUGCUUCCGUGUGAAGUUCUACCCACCAGAGCCAUCCAAACUACACGAGGAGAUAACCAGAUAUGAGUUGUUUCUGCAGUUGAAAAGAGACCUCCUACAUGGCAGACUGCUAUGUAGCACAGAGGAUGCUGCCCACUUAGGGGCCUACAUUAUCCAAGCUGAGCUUGGAGACUAUGAUCAGGAUGAUCACCCACAAGGGUACGUGUCAGAGUUCAAGUUGUUUGCCAAGCAGUCAGCCAAGCUGGAACAGAAGGUAGCCGAGCUACACAGAGACCAUACCAGGGGCCAAGCACCAGCAGAAGCAGAGCUGAACUUCCUUAGGAAAGUGAAGGAACUGGAAACAUAUGGACUGGAUCCCCAUCCUGUAAAGGAUGUUCUUGGAAGCCAAAUGUACCUGGGGUUCACACAUCAAGGGGUGGUCAUUUUUCAAGGCAACAAGAAGACACACUUCUUCAAGUGGAAAGAUGUUCAGAAGUUCACCUAUGACAGCAAGUCAUUCCAUAUCUACAUUGUUGCAAAUGAGAAGAAGCAGAUUUAUGACUUUCGUUGCACCACCCCAGCAGCUGUAAAACACCUCUGGAAAUGUGCAGUGGAAAAUCAUGCCUUCUUCAGUUUUGAGAAGUCCAGUGACGUGACACUUCAGCGGUCAGGUCUGGCUCGUCUGGGUUUUCUCCGCGGCAGUCGCUUCAGAUUCAGCGGUCGGACCGAGAAGGAAGUCAGCGCGGAGAGCGGGAAAAUCAGCCGACAGGAGCCGCAGGUGGUCAGGUCACCGACCAAGCCAGAGCUGGUAGCAAAGAAGAAGAAGGCAGGUGAGGAGGAGGAGGAGGGAGAAACAUCAGAGAGCUCACCGCUUAAUGAGACAUUCCACGAUGCUUUGAAAGAACUCCAGCCCAUUGGGACAUCGACACCGAUCAAGUCACUACAGCUCAAUGCCAACUCCUUGACCACGACGCACAAGGACUCGUCGCCCUCCCCUGUUGCAUACAGUCCUUGUGUGAGUGAACCUACUACACCAGAGGAAACGAGCAAAAACCAAAACCUGCUGGCCAAAGAGAGUUUGCCUAAUGGCCACCAUAGUAGCAACUGUGGUGGCACGGUCACCGGGGUCCUCGGUCUGGGCCAACCAGCAAGGGCAACAGAAGCGACAGAAUGUGCGUUAUCCAGCGGCAAGUCCCAAGGACCUGAAGACCUACAGCCAGCAUGCGCGCUGCGGCCAUCGGCGGCUGCAGCCGUCUGGAAAGCCGUGCUGUCGGCUGUGGUGUUCUUCACACUACUGCUGGCAGCACUGCUCCUGCUCGUCCUUGAAGCGCCUUUCCAUCACUCGGCAAUCUCCCAGAUCCGUGCGACCCCCGAGUUCCACCAAUUCAAUGCCGAAUAUUACCAGCCUUUCAAAGACUGGUUUGGCAGUGUCUUCUACUUGUAAGUCUGCGCCUGCAUCCUGUCGUAGUGUUUCGUCUUUCAGCGUGUCUGACGACAACCCCUGGCUGUGUCCCACCUGUAACAAACCUCUCCCGCCCUCCGUGUUAUACCAGCGGCAAGCGCCAUGCCAACAGGAGACGCAGAGCAGAAAGGCAAGGAUCAGCAGGGUACAGUCUGACCCUGGCGUGGCGCUGAAGCACCACGCUUCUUCCUCCACUCCCGACGUCAUCAAGAAGUUUGUGUCACGAUCCAUCAGGAGGUCCAAGUCCAUGUGUGUACAGAAGAACGGCCGGGACGUUGAGGAACCCACCAUGGAAGUGGUCAGUAGACUGAGCAAGGAAAUCCUCAGAAUUCACCUGUCUAUCUUGGUACCCCACACAAAAUCACCCCCACCAAAACCCAAGGCUUUUACAGUGACUGAGGUUUGAGCAUCAGGAAUGCACUAAGGGAGAUGCUUGAUGGAACAAGGAUCAGUUCAAAUUGCCCUUAAGAACUUUGGAAUGCACUGUGGUAGACCAUUUAAGCAUAUGGCUCUUUAGAGCAUUGACUUCAAUAAACCACACAGUCAUCAGGCAUACCUGCUAUAUCAGCUGUGUUAGCAAUAGGGCAGCACUGCCCCAUCCUGAAACUCAUUACAGCGAUACAAAAGGAUUCAACAAAGAUACAAUCAGCCAGUGUAAAAAGCCUAAAAGGACAUCAAUCAACGCUGCCACUACAGCUCCAGGUUUGUCCAGAAUAUGGAAAAUUGCCAUAACUAUUACCACAUCACCAUCUCAAGAAUCAUUACUGCACAAUGACAAGUUUUGAAAAUUACAGUGUACAUUUUUAAACUAUAUAUUAUUGGAAACAAACUAGAUCUACAAGUUUCACAUCUCUAACAAUUCACAUUCAAGUUGAUGUCAUUGAAGGCACAGAGGAUCUCAUGUGAACGUUAUGGAGGACGGCAAAAUGUGGCUGUCUGAGAAUAGUUUUCAACGAGCUUGAUGGACUAAGAGUGAAGGAGUUGUUGAAAGUCAGACUCUCCACUUUCCAGAUAUUAAAGUAGUUUUUAGGACUGAGAACCCUCCUGAAAAAAUGAACCAGGGUCAGGGGAGUCAAAUCAGGGGAGGACUGAAAUAAAAAACUUGAAGUGCAGGAAAAGAGACAAGUAUGCUCCUAACAAGAAACUGAUUUUGGAAUUCAAUAUCAGAAGAAAGGCGUAUGCACCUACCAUUUUUUAAAGCUCAAGACCUCGAUUACUGACUCAGAGGAUGAUUCAGCAAAUUGCAUCUGCUUUCAAUUUGUACCUUGUACUCAGAAUCUUGACAUUUUUAGAAUGCUGGAUGUACGCACCUUGCACAGGUGUAUUGUGUAUUGUGUAGGGACGGAGUUACUCAACCAGUAUAAUACAUGUACAUUCAGCUUUGGAUGCAGAAGGCCAAUGUAUAAAACAGAUACCUGUACUUGUUCUUGUACACCAUGAUUCUGGUACAUGUAUGAUGGUGGGAUGAGGAAGAGGCAACUUGACAGUGUCUUCUUCAAGACAGCUAGCUACAUGUACAUUGUCCUUGACAUUCAGACUCCUACAAGGUAGGCUCUUUUUAUGGGUAAUACAUGUAGGCUGCUCAUUUACGGCAACUGAAAAUGGCUAUGCAAGUGCUUUUCAAGGGCUGCAGAAAGGACGGGCAGUCAAACUUUGGGACAGGUUCAGAAAAUCUAAGUGGUAUGGACAUGUUUUGCAUCUCACACCGAAGUCCAACUCAGUUGCUAAUGCCUAAUUAUACAGUCAUGUAACUUACAAUAAUGUCCCUACCAUGUACAUGUUACAAGUUACUUAUCUAAUAGACUAGUACACAUUUAACCAAAGAAAUGUAAGAAACAGCCAUCUGAAGGUUUUGUGAAACAAUUUGUGCAGGCUCCCAGUUUUAAGUAAAAUGUGAUGAACUUCUGAGUUUUACAAUUAAGUAUUGUCAACAAAAAAAAUGAAAAUGACGCAAAAUACAAAAUGCACCAUAAUGACAGUAAUAUGCAUAUUGGAAUAGUGUAUCACUCUCAUCAAUGGGAUUACAUGUUACAAAGAUGUACAUGAUAACAUGUUAUGAUACACCACUGGUGAUCUUUAAGUAUGAUAUGCAUCCUGUAAAUAGGUAUUCUAUCUAAGAUCUUAAGAGUCUUCAAGGGUAUUUCUCUUCCUAAGAAGUUGUUGAAAUCUUUAUGAAAGUAAUAUCCACAUUCCCUGGAGUGUUGACAGUUGAGCAAGACUUGAACUCUGUUUCCAAACAUCUUUUUCUUCA